AUGCUGUACUCGCUGUUCUUAGUGCCAUCGCUGUCCCUGCUGGUGAUGCCUGUCCCUAGCCAUGCCUGGUCACGGCCCCUCUGGUACCAAGUGGGGCUGGACUUGCAGCCAUGGGGCUGCCAGCCAAAUGGCCUGGAUGGCUGCAGGAGCAGUCUAGGCUGCCCUGGUUACUGGAUGGCCCUGGGAGGAAGUCGCAUCUACCCCGUGGCUGGCAUCACGAUCACCACCACUAUGAUGCUGGUUAUCAGCCGUAUGAUGUUACAGCGGUGGCGAUCUCAGGUCAUUAAGGAUCAGCUCCCACAGGUGACUCCCAGUCCCUGCAGACACUGGAAACGGCAGGCGGCCGUUGUCUCAGACCGCACCCUGGUCCUCAGGGUCCUCCACAUGCUGGAUGCCAUCCUGCUCCACAUUGAGGGCCACCUACAGCGCCUGGCUUCCCAGGAACAAAUUCAAAUAAAAGGAACCCCCACCCAGUCUGGGUGA